GCGACCCGCUCCGGGCAGUGAAGAUGAGAUCCUCUACAUCUUUAGGGCGGCUCAGAGGGCCACUCAGCGGCCCAGUCCGGCCGGGGCGGGCCGAGGGCGCUGUUUGAGGUCACCCUGGAGACGGGCCGCAGAGCUCGCGGGGAGCGUGCAGGCGGCCGCAGGCUGGGUGAAGCCUGGGAAGCGGGGCCCCGCCGCGCGCAGCGUCCGCAGUGAACCAGCCGGAGGUCUGGGAGGCUCCGGGCGAAGCAUCCCUGCGGCAGGUUAUGAUGAUGUCAGACAAUGCUAAAGACAGAGCAGCUCGUUCAUGGAAGAAAAGAGGGAGUGUUUCUUCUUUAAGUAAUCAUGAAUUUCGGCGAAAGGAACUUCAUGGGCACAUCAAAGACUCUAUGAGUACUGUGUCUUACAUGGAUGAACCCAGUCAGCGUGAUGACAUCUCUCGCCUUACAGUUCGGAUGGAAAACACCUAUCAGUUGGGUCCUCCCAAGCAUUUUCCUGUGGUCACGGUCAAUCAUAUUUUGAAAGAUGUGUUAACCAGCUAUCUACAAGUAGAAGAAUAUGAACCAGAGCUCUGUAGACAGAUGACUAAAACCAUUUCUGAGGUUAUUAAAGCCCAGGUCAAGGACUUGAUGAUUCCACGAUACAAGCUAAUUGUGAUUGUGCACAUUGGACAACUGAACAGGCAGAGCAUAAUUAUUGGAAGCAGAUGCCUCUGGGAUCCUAACAGCGAUACCUUUUCAUCUUAUGCUUUCAGAAAUUCUUCCCUCUUCGCUCUUGCGAAUGUCUAUGCAGUUUACCUUGAGUGACUGAAAAUAAGAAGUCCAGUUCUUACCUUGGAAAAUCAUGAGGCGGGCUGUAUGUCUGUACACGAAAGUUUUACUGCCAAAAACUUAAGAAAGAAACAACACUGAUAAUUCAACCAGCUGGAAGGUUUUGAAUUUUUUCAUAUUCUAGCAAAGGCUGGGGAAGGAGAGAGUAGCACAGAAAGAAUCUUGUUUAUCUAAAGCAGAAACUUGGUCUUGGUUUUGCUGGAUUGUUUUCCAUGGAUACAGAUUCUUAUUAAAUAUUUGUUUUGGUACUAAUUAUUUUAAUUAUUCUUUAAUUAGAGAGUUACAAUUUCCUGCAUUGUUUUUUUAAUAAAGAGAAGCUUUAGAAAAA